ACAUCAGUAGACAUGUAGAACUACAGUAAAGGUGGCCAACCUUUCUACUUCCAAGGGCUAUAAAAACCACCAUUAUCACAUUGAUUUAAAUGUUGGUUUAAUGGUCUUUCUGCAGAGGGACUUUGUCAUCACGUUCUGUCACACACACUCAUUUCUUGCCAACUGUGGGGUGAUGCAGCUGGAUUCAAAAUGUAAUGAAACGGUAAUGGCUGUGGUUAGGCUUGUGGGAACAGUCAACAAACGUGCAUCUUCCAGGUAAGGAACAAGCUUACUAAUGAAACCUAAAAAUAAAACUCCACAAUUGGCUCAUGUAAUAUACACUUCAACUUGUUUCCUUGGGAUGUUAAAACACUGAAUCUGUAUUCUUGGUCAUCACAAGACCAAACCAAACAGAUUUUUCUUUUGUGUAACAUUUUCCACAAAUUCAAGCAUGACUAUAGUUUUCUCCAACUCUCCUCACAAAAUUUUCCAUUUCCCACCAAGUAUGCCUAUAAGAAUUAUAUAAGCCCUGGCCUUGAUCCAAUAGCAGAAUCUGUGCAGAAAGGUAAUUGUUCAAGCAGUUUUUGCUGUUUCCUGGGUGACUGUUACACAGUUGGGAACUUGCAAAAGAUCGACCAGAAAAUAGUGCACUUCACUUACAUGGUUGUGUAAACCAACUGGAUUUUGGCUCUUGUGUCUGUGACCUGGUUUUUCUAGUAUAAAACUAUAUGGAUAGUUAUUUAAACCAAUUUUCAAAUUAGGAAUCAAUUAAAAUUACUGAGUAGGCAAUAUACACAGAUCUGACAAAUCUGUCUGUCUAUACUCCACAAAUUACCUAUGUAUAGCCUGGUCCUACAGAAAAGAGGAAAGCAACCUCGUUCUCCGGAAGAUGUCAGAUGGCAUCAUCCCCAACUAUUGACGAUGCCAGCUAGAGCAGAUGGCAGUUGUAGUCCAACUGCUUCUAGAUACACCUCUGGCAUGCUAUGCAUGUGUCAUAUACAUGUUUGCACAGAAGUCCCAAUACUGUAAGUUCAAUGGGACUUAACAGUGAGUUAACGUUUGGCUUUGAUUUCCACCCUUGAAUGAAAUUAACAAUAUAUAGUUUACACACACAUGCACAAAAACCCUACAAGAUGGUGAAAUUUAAUUCAGAUGGCCAGCUGCAACGUUUCAGAUUUUAUCUACCCAUAGCUAUUUCAGCUUCACAAUAUUGUAAUGCUGUGGGUGGUUUUAUGAUGACUUUUAACAUGGCAUGAAAUUGAAAGAAAUCGCCUUUCCAGGCAAACUCCACAAAGACUGCAAUUCUAUAUUCUAUUACCUGAGAGGGAAACACAUUGAAUUCAUUCAGAUUUCUCAAUAGAAAUGCACAGAAUUGUGCUGUACAUUUCCAUUUGCUUUUUAGGCAAAUCAACCCCACAAAAAAGCAACCAACAUCAGCAAGAGAGAGAACAUUAUUUAUAUUGACACAUGUCAAAACACAUGUUUUUAAAAAGGAAGUGAAUGUUCUGUGGUUUGUUCCGACAAAAUCUAUCUACAGUUUUUAAGCUCCUCUGAUGAGCAGCAUCUUAUACUAAGCUUCAGGUUUUUCCUAGUAUUUUUUUAAUAGUGGAGAUAAAUUCUUCAAUUAGCAAAAACUUUGGUUCAGCAGCUUCACUCAAUGUCAGGAUGAAAAGAGGACGGUCUUUCACAUGAUUACCUUCUCCAGCUAGCCAGUAGGUGGGUGUGUUGAACAGAAGAAAAAGGGGUAGGAAAGAGUCUGUCAGCCUGCCUCCCCAGCUAAUUAGCUCAGCCUACAACAAAGAUAAGUGCGCCAGGGAGGGAGACCCCCUGAAGGGUCUUUUGAAUCUGGGCAAUGUCUGAUUGGCAGAUGUUGAAAGACAUUCUCUGGUAAUCCAGUCCAUCAAUGAACUGCAUAAAUUCCGGACCGUACUGGAAGAAUUCAGGCAUGUGGGCGCUUGGUGCACGCAGUCUGGAAAAAAGCAGACCAAGAUGGACAGAACUUUGGAAUCUCUACAACAUAUAAUUUCCCAAGUCCUACCUCACCGAGAUCCUGCACUUGCAUUUAAAGACUUGAAUGUUGUGGCAAUGCUUCAGGAAUUCUGGGAGAAUAAACAGAAGCAAAAAGGUGUGUUUUCAAGUGAAGGCACGGUGGUCUAUGAGUCGCUAAACUCGCCUGGGCCUCCCUUUGUGAGUUAUGUCACCCUGCCUGGAGGAAGCUGCUUUGGAAACUUUCAGGGUACUCUAAAUGAUGCUGAUGACCCAAGCACAAGUAUUGGAGCCUAUCAUUACAUGUUGGAAUCAAACAUGGGGAAAACCAUGCUGGAGUUUCAGGAGCUGAUGAUAGUCUUUCAACUAUUGCAUUGGAAUGGAAGCCUCAAAGCCCUACGUGAAACAAAAUGCUCUCGACAAGAAGUGAUUUCCUACUAUUCGCAGUAUAAUUUAGAUGAACGGAUGAGAAGUCACAUGGCUCUGGAUUGGCUUAUGAAGGAACAAGACACUCCAGGCAUUAUAUCACAAGAGCUGCAAGUAGCACUUCGAGAACUGGAAGAAACAAGGAAAGCUGGACAAGAGCUACGGUUUUACAAAGAAAAAAAGGAAAUACUGGGUUUAGCUCUCAGUCAGCUAUACAGUAAUCAAGCUGCCACCUCUUCAAAUGAUGAUCAUAUGACUCUAGCCCUCAGUGGCUAUCAUUAAGACAAGGUUGUUUCACCAGAUUGUAGUGGGCUAAGGAUGUAACUACAUUAACAAAUAACACAGGAAAUGUUCCAGGAUUGAGAUGGUCUGAAUUGCAUUAUUUUGUUGACCAUCUGUCAUAAAAGUCAGUGCAAAUCAGCCCAGAUUUUUUCCCUUUAAUCCAUAGUGUUUUUCCCCCUCUGCUGAUGGGGCUUCUACUUUUUUGGAAUCAAAUGCAUUCACAUCAGUUCAGACAGUGUGAUUGUUUGAGCUGAUGUGGAGGGAUUUGCAGGCAUUGUAUUUAAAGCCAUUCCAACCAGCUACAGUAGCAAUGUGAGAGAUAGAGGACAGUGGGGAACCUGGCUGCUGUUGAAUCAG